UCCCUUCGGACUUCAUUAGUUGUAUACCACUUAAGUGAGGGUUUCAUUCCCGCCAUCCCCAAGGGCAAAAUCAAACCCUAAAACUACCCCUCUAAUUUUCCAGUUUUAGGGCGAUCUGGUAAAAUGGGAGGAGAUGCAAGGAAUUGGGAUGAAGAAUCAUAUAGAAAGAGUAUAUUAAAAGAAAGAGAGAUUCAAUCUAGAACUGUAUUCAGAACAGUCUUUGCUCCUUCUUCUCAAAACCCUGAAUACAUUGUUGUUGCUUCUAGUGAUGGAUCCGUUGCUCCUUAUUCUAUCGCUUCUUGUAUCUCUAAUCAUCAUCUCUGGUUUAGCAAGAGUGGAAAUCAAAUGAAUAUGUGUGCAUCUUCUUCAGUGGCUGAACCGUUUUGUUUACUUAAAGGGCAUAAUGGACCUGCUUAUGAUGUCAAAUUCUUUGGUGAUGGAGAUGAUUCUUUACUGUUGAGUUGUGGAGAUGAUGGUCGUAUUCAAGGGUGGAGGUGGAAUACAAUCCUUAAUUCAGGUUGUCAUGCCCAAGAAACUGAUUUGAAGCCUGUACUUGACUUGGUGAACCCUCAGCGUAAAGGUCCUUGGGGUUCUCUUUCUCCAAUUCCUGAAAAUAAUGCCCUAGCCAUUGAUUAUCAGGGGGGAUCCAUUUUUUCAGCUGCUGGUGAUUCUUGUGCUUAUUGUUGGGAUGUGGAAACAAGCCAAAUUAAAAUGGUUUUCAGAGGCCACACAGACUACUUGCAUUGCGUAGUUGCACGUAAUUCAAGCAAUCAGAUCAUAACUGGUUCAGAGGAUGGGAGCAUGCGAAUCUGGGACUGCAGAAAUGGAAAAUGUGUAAACAUCAUAGAGCCAAAGCAAAUGGAGUCUAAGGAAGCUUUCCCAUGGAUAAGUUGCAUUGGUCUGGAUUCAAGUGACAGCUGGCUGGCUUGUGGCAGUGGUAGGAGUUUGUCAAUCUGGAACCUUCCUGCCUCUGAGUGCAUCUCGAGGAUUGAAACUUGCUCUCCUACGCAAGACUUGGUGUUUGAUGACAAUCGAAUUUUAGCAGUUGGAGCAGAACCUGUACUCAGCCGGUUUGAUUUAAAUGGGAUGACACUCUCACAGAUUCAGUGUGCCCCACAAUCAGCAUUUUCCAUUUCCCUUCAUCCAUCGGGUGUGAUGGCAGUUGGAGGCUUUGGAGGUCUCGUGGAUGUCAUAUCUCAGUUUGGAAGUCAUUUGUGCACGUUUUGUUGCAGAGGUCAUUGAACUCCUUGCUUUCUCAUAUGCCAAAGGCGUUUGAGGCAACAUACUUUUACUGACACUAUUCCUCAAUGCAGUUUCCCGUAGCUUUUACAUUGUUACUGGGAAUAGUUUUCUUCAGUUAUGGGUUCAAUAUAUCAAUUUCUAGUCUCGAAUCAGUUCAGUAUAAACCUGUUGGUUGGAAUGGUGAUGAUAUUAGGAUGGACUAUGAAUUCUUCUGGUACCACAAUACUACUAUUAUCUCCUCUUUUGGUAGCAAUGUGCUAUUUGUUCGA